AAUUGUACGUCACCGUCUAGGAGUUUUCCUCCCUUUGCAGUCAGACUCUCCAUCCCAGAUCUUUCCCGCGUCUCUGUUUAUUCACAUUCAAUAAGGGGGCAGAAUGGGAGCGAAGCUGAGUCGGAAAAAGAGUGAAGGGGGCACAGGGGUGGAGCAGAACGCAGCAGAAGAGGUGAACAAGACUGCAGAACAAAAACCCGAGAAUAAGGUUCAAGAAAAUGCUUCAGAUGACACACCGACAGCACAGCCUGACUCAUCAACCAGCUUUCUGGAGACCAUUACACAAGCUGUAGAGGAAAGAGUCAACACUGUGACCGAGCAGAUUUCUGCACCAGUGGAAGAUGUUGUGAACAAGGGUAUUAAAGCAGUCGAGUCCGCAUUAGCUGCUGUCAGCCUGAACGCAAAAGAACCCGCUGCUCCAGAACAAGAACCCGAGAGAAUCCAAGCGUCCACGCCUGAACCGUUGGCGAGUCUCUCUGCUUCUGGCUCGGCACCCCUCCAGUCCGAAUCCACCCUCUUGGAUGUUCUGCUGAAAUCUCAGCCGAUCUCAGAAUCCCUCAUUCCUGAGUGUGACUCUGAGGUCAGAGUGGAGAACGAAACCAUAACCAGUCAGAUGGUGGAAGACAUCAUUAGUAAUGAGAACAAGGAUUUGCUGGAACGUUUGGAUAAGGUGGUGACACCCUCAGCGGAUCUUCUCGACUACAAACUGACCUAUGAAUCGACAAUCCCUGACUCGGAUCUCGCAGACACUUUGGGAGGUGCGAGACAGGAGGCAUGCGAAGCUGUUGACCUCAUAUAAACCACUAAACUCACACUUGCAGUUCAUUAGAAGCAUGUAUGGCAAGACAAUAGCAAAGAAACUACAAUAAUACAAUGAAACGUUUUCUUAUUUUUCAUUUUCAAAAAGAAUUUAGGAUGUAGUCAUGGAAAAGUUGAAAGCUGUAUCUAGAACCCAGCAAAGAAUGAAAACAAACUACCACAGAUGAACGCCAAUGAACAUUACUAAUGUAACGUCUAUGUAUACGUAUGGAAAAACAGCAAGCCAGUGGUCUUUCGACAUUUCGUCAGUGAUGUUUUAUCUAAUAUCCUGGUGAUUGUGUAUGAAAUGUUUCACUUUGUGUGUAAAAGAAUGUACAAUAAAGAGUGAUUGUAGUAAAGUCAAAUAAAGACACCGCAAUAAC